UGUUGUUCUUCUUGGAUUCCGUUCUCAAAACUGAGCCGAAAGCAAUAGCUGCUUCAUCAUAAAAGCUCUUCCAAGAAAAAACACAGAACACAGUACCAAGAACGAAAUGAUGUUCUCGGGUAGAAGCAUGGGAGGAGGACGCGGAGGAGGAAUGUUGAGAACAUUCAGGGGAGCAGUGUCGAGGGUCGGUGUUCCUGGUAAUGGAAUACAAGAGCCCUUUUCUUCUUCUUCGGGAUCUGCGUCUCCUCCUUCCAAGGCUGCUCGCAGACCCCACUCCCAAAACUGUCUUUCGUUGUCUUCUCCUAUCAAUUUUCAAUCUCACAAUCCUGUGUCUGGCUUACCCUCUCGUUGUCCAUCCCUUGAGGUGGAUGGUUUUCAUUGGGUUUCUGAGGAUAGCUUUGAGGACGAUGGCUUUCAUGGGUUUUCUGCUCCUUAUGUUCUGGGGAAAGUUCCUUAUGAGGAGGAAUUUGACAAGGAUAGCUUUGAAUAUGAGGGCUUUCAUAGGUUCCCUGUUGCUUGUGUUUCGGCGGAUGUUCCUUCUGAGGAGGAAGUCGACAAUUCUGUCUCUGCUAUCCAGGAAGUAUUCUCUUCUACCUCACAUGAAUCUGAGAUGGAUUGGAAGGAGCCAUCUUUGAAUCCAUAUGAUACAAGAAUGCAACUCUCUAAUGGAUCUGAUAGAGUUUAUUAUACAUUUCAUUUAUUGCAGACUGACCCAACUAUUCAGAAAAUGGUGAAAUCAAUUUCAUGUGAUGAAGCUAUUUGGGAUGCUCUUUUGAAAAAUGAAAUCGUCCGCGAGUUACGAGAGUCAUUCUCAUCAGGCUCAUCAGAUUCUCAGAGUUCAGAUGGGACUUCCAGCAGAAGUGAGUCCAAUUCUAAAACAAAUGUUGUGUUGCGGAUAUUUGGUAGUGCCAGAGCAAAGUUCAUGGAUGUAAUUGAGAAGAUUAUGAAGAUUGCGACUGACUUGUUUCAGCACAAGAUCAAUGAUGAAACAAACUUGUUCCCUGAUCCCUUCACUGAGAAGCUGAGAACUUCCUUCAUGCUUUCCAUCAUCGUCCUCUUGGUCGUGAUGGUGAGUCGAGCAAGUAGGGCUUGACUUGAACUCGCCGACAUGAUGGUAUAUUGUCAUUGGUUUGAUUUUGUAUAAAGGAUAGAAGUUGCAGACUUAGGAUGCAUUAUUUAUGGUUAUUAUUUGCUUUGAGUUAUGUUGGUUAUGGACACUGAAGUCUUAGGUCAAGUGAACUAUGAUUUGGUGGAUGGAGAAAUAGUAAGGAUCAAAUCAGUGCCUGUCUCAAUGGUUUGAGGAACUCAUUAAGGUGGAUGCUGCUUUAUGGAACAUCUCUCGAGUUUUUAUUUAAUUUUACAACUAAUUAUUUCUCUUGAUGGAUGAA